AUGGAGCGCCAUGGCAAUAUGAACGUGUUCAAAGGGCCAGAGUCCAUGAGAAGUUACUUUGAUCCAGACUUUGCGCCGCCCCUCCCCCUCGUCGAGAUACCAGAUCGACUCAAUCCUCUUCGCAAAAAUGGAGUCAGAAUCUACGCCAAGAUGAUGACAGCGCUACCGUGCCAAAAUGUGAAGAAUCUCCCCGCUCUAAAUAUGCUCCUACAGGCAGGACUAGAAGCGGAGGGAAAGACCAUUGUCGAAUGCAGUUCUGGGUCGACCGUCAUCUCCGUAGCGAUGUGUGCACGAGUAUUACAUGGAAAUGACAAUGUUCACGCAUUUGUUAGCAACAAGACGGAGAGAUCCAGACUGCGCACCUUGCAGUUCUUUGGUCUGAAGCCGCAAGUACCCUCACCUUGGGCACUUCGCGUAUUACAGCUAACAGCGUCAAGCAGACAUCUGUACGGAGGACCAGGACAGCCCGAAAUAUUAGAUCCGCGCGGCGAGAUCCAGAGACUCAAGCAUUGGAGUCAAAAGAGCGAUGGCACGUGGAAUCCCGGCCAGUAUGAGAAUAUGGAUAAUCCAGAUUCCCAUGUCCGGUGGACCGGCCCUCAACUGAUGGCGCAGCUCCCUGAGAUAAACGUGUUUUGUUCUGGAAUGGGGAGUGAGGGGUGCAUUACAGGUGUGGGGAAAUACCUGAAGGAGAAGAAGCCAGCCGUCACAGUUGUUGGCAUAUGCAAUAAGACGGCCGACGCCAUACCCGGGCCACGACCGUCGGCCCUCUUUGAGAAGGUGGAGUUUCCGUGGAAGAGAGUCACAAAUGCGGUCAGAGAAGUUGGCUCCAUCGAGGCCUACAGGCUGUCCAUGCGGCUGUCUCGCGAGGGUCUCAUCUGUGGGCCUUCUUCCGGGAUGGCCCUGCAGGGUCUCCUAGACUUUCUCGAAGAUGAAAAGGCUGGCGGUAGACUGCAGUCACAUGCCGACGCAGACACGGGAGACGUGUCGUGCGUCUUUUUGUGCUGCGAUUUGCCCUACCAGUACAUGGACAAAUACUUUGAGAAGCUGACGGCGGGCGCCGUCUUCCACUCGAUAGAGAAUGAGGAGCUCACAGCUGUCGAUCAGGGUCCGUACAGCCCUGAAUGGGAGCUGACGUUGGAGCAGGCUACGGCCAUGGCCAACGUGAGACAGUUUACCCUCACCCGAGACGGAGACGAGAGAAAUGGCUACAUUGCUCCCAGCAGCAGCCUCGUUGUCGAUCUCCGCGCCGCUAGCGACUUCAGCAACUUACAUAUUUAUGGAUCGAUGAGCAAGCCGCUGGAUAGUCUAGCGUCUGACACGGAGAGCCCAUUUAAUCAAAAGUCGAUCUUAUGUGCUCAAGCCAAGGACAUCGAGUCCAUCGUCGAGGACCUGUCAGAUGGCAACUCAGUGCCAAUCCUUGUCGUCUGCUACAGCCGGGAGACAUCCCGCCUGGCGUGCAGCAUUCUGCGUCACCGUGGCAUAGAAUCUUACAGCCUGAAAGGGGGAUUCAGUGCUUCAGUGCCACACGAGAACGUAUGA